UAAUCAUGUGCAGUGUGUGAUACACAGACGCUCUGAAACACUACUGCACACACACACACACGCACAUGGCGCCUCUGGGGAGGUUCUGAAAGAACCAGAUCUGGAGGACUGAUCGUGUCCCUGGUCUCGGCCCUCGCCCUCCUUGUUUCUUAGACUCUAAAGCAAGCAGGCAACAGAGCAGUCCUUGAAAUCCAGAGUCAAGAAAAAGCCCUGCACCCCUUGGUCCGAGAGCCGCAAGGAGCGGGGCCUAAGCGCCUGGCGAGGCCGCCCUACCCAGCAGAGGCAGUUGCUUUGUAACUCGGGGACCAGACACCCAGCCUCACCCGCUGCGGUUAACCGACAGCCGCAACGGUUCCCGCCCCGCCCAGGUAGGAGAACAAUGCUGCACCCUGCCCGUAGAGCCUCGCGGUGCCGCGCCCUAGGGGGGGCCUGCCGGGAAAUGUAGUUUCCGAAGCCCAGCCCUUGCCGCCCCGUGGCUCGCCGGCCGGGAGCUCCAAGCAACUACAAGUUCCAUCACGCUCUGCGAGGCCUUGAUCUCCAGGCUUUUGCAGGGAAGGGAGUGGGGCGAACAUGGCUGAAGGAAGCCGAGGUGUACCAACGUGUAGUGGGGUGGCUGGCAGGCAGGACCCAGUCUCCGGCAGUGGCGGCUGCAACUUUCCAGAGUAUGAGCUUCCCGAGCUAAAUACGCGCGCUUUCCAUGUGGGCGCCUUUGGGGAGCUGUGGCGGGGCCGUCUGCGCGGGGCCGGGGACUUGUCGCUGAGGGAGCCGCCGGCGUCCGCUCUGCCUGGGAGCCGGGGGAUUGCGGACUCCGACCGGGAGGAUGCCGCGGUGGCCAGGGAUCUCGACUGCAGCCUGGAGGCGGCGGCUGAACUGAGGGCGGUGUGCGGCCUUGAUAAACUGAAAUGCCUUGAGGACGGUGAGGAUCCUGAAGUCAUUCCGGAGAAUACUGACCUGGUGACUUUGGGGGUUAGAAAAAGGUUCUUGGAACAUCGGGAAGAAACCAUUACAAUAGAUCGAGCCUGCAGACAAGAAACAUUCGUUUAUGAGAUGGAGUCACAUGCCAUAGGAAAAAAGCCUGAAAAUUCAGCAGACAUGAUUGAAGAAGGGGAGCUUAUCCUAUCUGUGAAUAUCCUGUACCCUGUUAUAUUUCAUAAGCACAAAGAACACAAACCAUACCAAACAAUGCUGGUGCUGGGCAGUCAAAAGCUCACAGAACUGAGGGAUUCAAUUCGCUGUGUCAGUGACCUCCAGAUUGGUGGUGAAUUCAGCAACACUCCUGACCAAGCCCCUGAGCACAUCAGCAAAGACCUAUACAAAUCAGCCUUCUUUUAUUUUGAAGGAACAUUUUAUAAUGAUAAAAGAUACCCGGAAUGCAGAGAUUUGAGCAGAACUAUCAUUGAGUGGUCAGAGUCCCAUGAUAGAGGAUAUGGAAAGUUUCAGACUGCUAGAAUGGAAGAUUUCACCUUCAAUGACUUGUGUAUUAAACUGGGUUUUCCUUACUUAUACUGUCAUCAGGGAGACUGUGAACAUGUCAUUGUCAUUACUGACAUAAGGCUUGUGCAUCAUGAUGACUGCUUGGAUAGGACACUGUAUCCCCUCCUUAUCAAGAAGCAUUGGCUAUGGACCAGAAAAUGUUUUGUUUGUAAAUGUAUACAGCUAGAUGGGUGACGAACAAUGACAGUUUUGCACCAGAGGACCCAUGUUUCUUUUGUGAUGUUUGCUUCCGAAUGCUCCACUAUGAUUCAGAAGGCAACAAACUGGGGGAAUUCCUUGCUUAUCCUUAUGUUGAUCCUGGAACCUUUAAUUAAGAAUAGCUACACUCACAAAAGUACCCCCUCAUGAAAUAACUGUUCUCUUGGAUGGUUACCUUUUUUCUAAGAAACGCCACUGAGGAGCAGGAUCCACUUUGAACAGUCUGCUAAAGCUACCAAAAAAAAUCCAAAUCACAGAUUUUCUUAUAAUGAUUGUACAUGUUUAUAACAUAGUUAAAUUUCACAUUUAUUCCAAAGAGUAUUUAAUUUAGUGCUUUUUACCCAUUGAGUUGUAGUACUUUAUAUAUUCUGACUUUAAAUCCUUUGUCAGACACACAUAUUCUUUCUCCCAAUCCAUGCCUUCCCUAUUCAUUCUCUGUCCAUAGUGUUUUUUUUGCUAAAGAUAGAAUUAAUGAUACAUCAAGUAGUGGAAGUGUUUUGAAAAUGCUUUGAAGAAUGUGAGAGCUACACCUUCUACCAUGAGGCUUCCAAGGUUGUAUUAAAAUUUGACUGAAAAAUGGAUGGCUAAGAACAGACAUUUAUAUAAAAUGGAAAACUGAUGAAACCUAUAAGCCUAUGUGUUUAAAAGAUUGACAGUGAAGUAUGUUUUAUGGACUUAAAUGCCACAAACAGUUAAGUCCGUUGGUUUGGAGAGGACAAGCACGUGCUUCUGGUAUGUCUAGUGUUCUCAUUCACUGAUUCAGUCAGUAUGCAGAUAAUCAGUAUAGGAGAAUCAGAGGCUGGCUUAUGUUAUACCUAAAUUUUUACUUUCUUGUAUACAACAAUGCUAAAAUUGAGCAGAUUGAUACCAGCCAGCAAACCAUAGAUUUAAGAUAAAUGAUUUACCCAACCCUAAAAUUCCAGGGUAAAAAUUUUGAUUCCUUUAUUGUAAUACUGCAUUCCUUAUAGGUCUUACAUGCAUAUGCAAGGAUAUUUUAUUCAUUUUCAUUUCAUACUCUCAAACUUCAAAAAGUUAAGUAUUGUCAUAAUGCAUUAUUCCGUGUGUGGUGUCAAUUCAUUUUAGUGGACAAAGAAGAAACAUGCCAGUUAAAACAUUUCUGCUACUGGCAUUCUAUUAUUUGAGAAUGUUUUUCUGCUAGUUCUUAAGGUUAACCUUUUCAUCAAGACUCAGGUACCUAUUAUUGUUUCCUGGUGAAACUGAGGAGAAAAGUUAACCAGGUUACUCCCAGUUUGCCCAUGUGUUAUGUAUCAGUUUAUACAGGUAUCCAACCAGUUCAAGUCAAAAGAAAUUUCUAACUUUGUAUAUUUCUGGAGCUAUAAAACCCCUGAUUUAAGACAGCUUUUCUCUUUUUUCGA